AUGGAGGAGGUGGAGAGGGUGAUGGCGGAGCUUCAGGAGUGUGUGGAGGAGCGGAUGGGGGAGAUUGUUAAGGUGGUGCCGCGGAUUGAAGAGAAGCUAGAAGGGAGGGUGCAUGACGAGUCGGGGUGGUCGUGGGGGGAGGCCGUGCUGUACGAACUGUCCCAAACCGACAUGGCAGAGGUGCUGUAUGCUCUGCUGCAUUGCAAUCAGUACCUCCCUGUAUCGUGCAUCGCUUCAUGCCUCCCUCGCUGGUCUCUCUCCUUUCUCUUUACGCAUUCUCAAGUUGAGCCCCUCGUUUCCCUGACCUCCGUGUGCGCGGGGCGGUGGGUGCGGAUGCUGGCGGGCAUCACAGCGCAUGGGGGCGCCGUGAAGGCCAAGGCACGGCACCCACGUCUCUUUGUGAUGCUGUGCCAGGCCACCCCUCACGUCUCAGCAUGUGCCCUUACCUCCCUGUGUGCGCUGCAGAUGCUGGGAGCCAUCACAGCGCAUGCAGACGCCAUGAAGGCCAAGGCGCAGCACGUGCGGGGGCAGGUGCGCGCACUGGUGGAGGGGGCGGCUGGUGGGCGUGGCGCCGUUGAGCAUGCGAGGCACGAGGGUCACGCACAGCAUGGGGCUGCGGAGGUGACGAGGGAAGAGGGGCAGGGGGGAGUGGUGGUGAACGAAGAAGUGGGAGUUUUUAUCAACGAUGGGAUGAAGAAAGAUGGUGUGCAGUGGGCGGACCGAUGUUGA